AUGUCUACUGGUUCGGGUUUUUUGCAAGUUAAGGGGACUAAGAUCGUUGAUGAGAACGGCAAACAGAUCGUCCUCAAGGGUGCUGCCGUUGGUGGUGGACUCAAUAUGGAGAACUUCAUCACAGGGUUUCCUGGUCAAGAGGACGAGCACAAGCAGAUCCUGCUGAAGGUUCUGGGAAAAGAGAAGUUUGACUUUUUCUUCGACAAGUUCUACGAGUAUUUCUGGGCUGAUGACGAUGCAAAGUUCUUCAAGUCUCUCAACUUCAACUGUUUGAGAAUUCCAGUCAACUACAGACAUUUCUACCCAGACAAUGACCUCGAAAACUUCAACCCUGACGGUUUCAAGUGGCUUGACAGAUACGUAGAUAUCUGUUCCAAACACGGGAUCUAUUCGGUGAUUGAUUUGCACGCUGCUCCAGGAGGACAAAACCAGGACUGGCACUCGGACAAUGGAACUCACCAUGCACUUCUGUGGUCCUUCCCUUACUUCCAAGACAAAACAAUCGAGCUCUGGGAGAAGAUCGCAGCACACUACAAGGAUAACACCUGGGUUGCCGGUUACAACCCCUUAAACGAGCCUGCAGACUCCAAAGGUUAUCGUCUGAUCAACUUCUACAGAAAAGUCGUUGAUGCCGUAGAGAAGAUUGACCCCAACCACAUUUUCUUCCUUGAUGGAAACAAGUAUGCUAUGGAUUUCACUGAAUUCCCAGACGAGCCUAUCAAGAAAUCUGUUUAUGCCAUCCACGAUUACUCGUACUAUGGUUUCCCCGGAUUUGAUGUCUUCACUGGCUCUGAAGAGCAAAAAGGAAAGUUGGAACGUCAAUACAACAGAAAAAUUGAGUACAUGAAGAAGAUCCAGGCUCCGGUCUGGAACGGUGAAUUUGGUCCAGUCUACUCUUCCGAGGUCAGAGGCGACACAGAUAUUGUUGCUACCAAUCUGGCUAGAUAUGCCUCCUUGAAGGAGCAGCUCAGUAUCUACAGUAGAGGAGACCCAUCCGGUGACGGCACAGGUAUUGGUUGGUCUAUCUGGGUUUACAAAGAUAUUGGAUACCAGGGUCUUACGUUUGUCAAGCCCGAGUCCAAGUACUAUUCCCAUUUGAAGGAUUGGUUGGCUAAGAAGCAACGUCUCGGUAUUGACAAAUGGGGAAGAAUUGCUCCAAAAGAGGUGGAAUCGAUUUACGAUGCAGUUAAGGAUCACUUCCACAAGGAGAUUCCGGAGAAAUUCCACAAAGCAGUUUAUCCUAACAACCUCGCAAUUGACGGUUAUAUCGAUCGUGUUCUUAGAGAGUGUCUUCUCUCGCAGUUUUUGACCUUUGAGUUUGCAGAAUAUUUCAGGGAUCUCUCUUUUGAAGAGCUAGACGAGCUAGCUUCCUCAUUCAAGUUUGAGAAUUUGCAGACUAGAGAUGAGUUGAAUGCUAUUUUAUCUGCAAGUGUUUAA